CGUGCUCAAAUCACAGCCGCAACGCACUUGUUGAAAUUGGGCUGCUUUCAAUUCAUGCUCAUCUGUGGAUUUGAAUGCCACUUUCAUGUUGGUAAACUCAGCUUUCAGGACUGCUGUUAGCGCUUUGAGUUUCAGUCGGCAUACAACUCGAGGCUUCUCUCGAACAGCUGCGGCAUCUAACGAAAUAUUUCGACAAUUUUAUGAUGACGAGGCGAAUUUCGGAAAGACAGAAUUGCGACCAAAGAAGAGACCUGGACGUGCUUGGACUGCGGAUGAGCUCAGAUUGAAGAGCAAUUCAGACUUGCACAAGUUGUGGUAUGUUUGCUUGAAAGAACGAAAUAUGCUGUUGACUAUGCGAAAUGCAUGUGUGGAACGGGCUAGGUCGAUGCCUAAUCCGGAGCGGAUCGAUCGGGUCAACGAGACAAUGGAGAACAUCCAGGCAGUGGUUCAUGAGCGAAAUGAUGCAUACUACCGCUUAGAAACUGGUGAAGGCGCCGAUCCACCCAUGCGCACCGUAACAUCGUUCAUGGGAUUCACCUACAAAAAACAAGCCGAGGAGCAUUUGGAACCACCUGACGAAAACAGUGUGGACACUGAGGUUCCCUUCCUCGACAAAGACGCUUAUAUGAUGCAAAAACUAUGGAAAGAAAAAGAAUUUAUGAAGGAAAGGGAUAGGUGGGAGGUUUUUUUCAUUGUAUAUUGUCAUAUUAUCAUUGAUAUAAAGUUAGUGACAGACGAGAUGAAACGAUAUAAGAAAGGUGGUCCCAGGGUAUUCAACCGAUCUGACUAG